CUCUCUCUCACACACAUUUACACACAACUGAACGGACGACAUCUCAGCCAACAGCGAGUAUGUCGGCAAUCACUCAGCUCAACCCCAAGGCCGAGGUGGCGCGCGCCGCCGUGGCCCUUCAGAUGAACUCGACCGCGGCGCGAGGUCUGCAAGAUGUGCUCAAGUCCAACCUCGGCCCCAAGGGUACCAUGAAGAUGCUUGUCUCUGGAUCGGGCGACAUUAAGCUCACCAAGGACGGCAACGUCCUCCUCAACGACAUGCAGAUCCAGCACCCCACGGCUUCCCUGAUUGCCCGUGCCGCCACAGCCCAGGACGACAUUACCGGCGAUGGCACCACCUCCAACGUUCUCUUGAUUGGCGAGCUGCUUAAGCAAGCCGAGCUGUACAUUAGCGAGGGCCUCCACCCACGCCUCGUCGUUGAUGGCUUUGAAAAGGCCAAGGAUGUUGCUCUGGAAGUGCUUGACAAGAUCAAGUCUGACCGCGAGGUCGAUCGUGAGCUCCUCUGCAAGGUAGCCCGCACUUCCCUCCGCACCAAGGUUUCGCAGAAGAUGGCCGAUCAGCUCACCGAGACAGUUGCCGAUGCCGUCCUGGCCAUUCGCCAAGACAAGUCCCCCAUCGACCUCUUUAUGAUCGAGAUCAUGACCAUGAAGCACAAGACAGAGACAGACACCUCCCUGAUCCGUGGCAUUGUCCUCGAUCACGGCUCUCGCCACCCCGACAUGCCCAAGCGCCUUGAAAAUGCCUACGUCCUCACCUGCAACGUGUCCCUCGAGUAUGAGAAGACCGAGAUUAACUCUGGCUUUUUCUACAAGACGGCCCAGGAGCGCGAGGCCAUGGCCAUUGCAGAGCGCAAGUUUAUCGACGAUCGCGUGCAGCGCAUCAUCGACCUCAAGCGCAAGGUCUGCACCGAGGAGAACGGCAAGUCCUUUGUCAUUGUCAACCAAAAGGGUAUUGAUCCCAUCUCCCUUGACCUACUGGCCAAGGAGAACAUCAUUGCCCUGCGUCGUGCCAAGCGCCGCAACAUGGAACGGGUGACGCUGGCUUGUGGUGGCAUGGCCAUGAACUCAGUGGAUGAUUUGGAUGAGUCUGUGCUUGGUCAUGCUGGCGUUGUGUACGAACACGUGCUCGGUGAGCAAAAGUACACUUUUAUUGAGGAGGUCGAGAACCCCCGGUCUGUGACCAUUUUGAUCAAGGCGCCAAACGACUACACCAUCAGUCAGAUCAAGGACGCCGUGCGUGACGGUCAGCGUGCCGUCAAGAACGCCAUUGAUGACAACAGCGUUGUCCCUGGUGCCGGUGCUUUUGAAAUUGCGGCACAUCGCGCCCUGGUUGAGGCCAAGCGCAACGUCAAGGGCCGUGCCCGCCUUGGUAUCCAGGCUUUUGCCGAUGCCCUGCUCGUCAUCCCCAAGACGCUGGCUCAGAACGCGGGUUUCGACCCCCAGGACACCAUUGUCACCUUGCUUGAGGAGGCGCAAGACUCAGACGAUGUUGUUGGUGUGGACAUUAACACUGGUGAGGCCUGCCUGCCCACAGAUGAGGGCAUUGUCGACAACAUUUGCGUCAAGCGCCAGCUGCUCAAGUCAUGUACGAUGAUUGCCUCUUCCCUGUUGCUUGUCGAUGAGGUCAUGCGUGCCGGCCUCUCUUCGUUGAAACCUGGAGAAUAAACCUCCCGAUAAUCGACUGUAUAUGAG